GAUGGUGUCGGUGGUCGAUGGUGAUCGGUGAAUCGAGCGACCAGAGAGUCGUCUCACCCUUGGAAUCCUUUCGCUUUCUCUUGGUCGAGGAGGGGAGAUCGCGCGAACCAUGGCCUCCUACAGGAGCUAUGGUGACAGUGGCGCCUACCGAUCAAGAGUCAACGUUGGAAUCGGCGCCGGUGGUUUCGGGAGGACGACGACCUCUGGAGGAAGCGGCCUUCCGAGUUGCAGGAACAGCUACUCGACCGUCGGUUCCGGUUCCACCCGAUUGCCUGCCAAGGAGAGGGUUUCCGGAUUCGGGAAUGCUUUCCUGAAGAAAGACAAGCACGAGGAGAAAUCUAGUUUUAAAUAUCCCAGUAAUAAAGACGCCGACAAAGGUAGACUUCACCCGAGUAGGUCGUCGACGGAGGACGUGGGGGCGAAAAGUCCAUUAUCGAGCAGCAGAUCCUCCCUGUUCGAGAAGUACUCGUUUCCAGCUACUAAAACUUCAGAGAGGCCCGCCUCCGUUUUGGACAGAUAUAACCGUGCCACUUCCCGCGAGAAGAGCAGAGAGCCCGACGUGGUAUCGCGAUACGGAUCCAACACGUAUCCCGGAUCGAGCUUGGCUCGAACUUAUGGAAACGAGAGCAGGAUCGAGAAGAAAGAGAGGGCCGAUCAUCCGCCGGUUUCGUACCGUGGAUUGCGGCCUAACUCGGGUAGAAAUUCUCGCGAGCCAAGCCCGGAAAUCAACGUUGGAAAAUCUAACUCGUUCAGAAUGUACGCGAGAGCCCCCUCCUACGGUCGAUCCAGUGCCACUUCUAGUGCCUCCGAAUCGAGCUCGGCGCCAAUCUCCUCGAGAUUCGGCUCGACAGCUGGUAGCAGGUUCUUUUCAUCGAGAAGCAACAACGACCGAGUUCCGGCAGCUAUAAGCUACUCCGGAUCGGACAGGUUCCGAACUUCAGGCAGUAAGCCUAUGCCGGCGAAUUUGAAGGACGAGGAAGCCGCGAAAGCCAAUCCAGCGAAAGAAACUGCGCAAGAGAUAUACGCGAAAUCGGAAGAAUCGAAACUCGAGAACAGAGUGAAAGACAAUGAGACCGUUACGAUGGUUACAAGGGGUACAUCACCGAGUCCUCCGGCUUCCUCGUCCUUCGUGAGGAGCAGAAGAGCCGACAUAGGUAUCGCGAAUCAGAAGGAAGUGAGUCGGGUACGAAAGAAAAUGGAGACAAAGGAUCAAGAGGUUCAGAGCGAGAGAUCGGAGGAUGGUUCGAGGUUCUCUCGAUUUGGAGGUGGAGGGCGAAUCUCGGGGGCACCGUGGUCCUCGUAUCUCGACAAAUUCUCGUCGAAUUCGAGCGGAAGUGGCGUGUACGCGAGAGGAUUCAACGGAGGCAACGCGGCCAAUUCGAGGGUGAAUAGCUUCGCUUUCCCGAGAUCGAACGAUGCCUCGAGGAACGAUUCUUCUUCGAAGGUAUCGCCCAGCUCUAGUCAAGAAAUUCAUGGGAACAGAAAUCAGAACGAGCAGAAAGUGUUCGGCGGUUUGAGCUUCGCGAAAACGGAUUCGAAAACGAGCAACGAGCAAGGAAAUUCAAAUCAGGUGGAGAUUAAAGUGCAUGAUGGUGGCGAGAGACGUGGGUGCACGACAGUUGGCAAGAGCGAAAGGAAAGGUUUGGCGAGCCCUUCGAUCUUGAAGAGAGAGGAUUCGCCGCAACAAGCCGGUGUUCUCGCCAAGUCACCGGAUUCUCGAGAAAGCGUUUCGAAAAGCGAGGAACAGCAAAGUAGCAGGGAAAGUUCGACGUCGAAGAGCGAGAACAAUAGUCAGAAGAGACCUUCGAUACCGAGAUUAGGUCGUAUCGCGGCGAAGAACGAAAGCAAGAUUGCGAAAUCGUCGUCGAAUUCGUCGAGCAAGUCGGAUGGACCGCGGGAGAGGAGGAGUUCGACGCCUAAAUCUGACGCUAGCUCAUUAUCGAAACUCGAUGACUCGUCUAGAAUAGUGGAGGGAGGACAUUGUCAGGAACCGAGUAAAGAAGCCUCUACGUCUAAAAGUGAUAGUGUUUCACCUGCGAAAGAUUCUCUUCAAAGCAGUAAUCCAUCGCAGAGCAGAUCGACGACACCGCAGUCGCGCAGCGGCUCGGCGAAAAAUGUGUGCCGCCAAACGACGAGAACCGACUCCUCGGAAGGGUCCGCUGUAAAUGUGCCAAUUGGCAGAUCGAAAUCGUCGUCUGCCAGUUCGGUGACGAGUCAGGGUGCAAAAAUAAAGGCGACGCCGCCGCCGUCGCCAGGGAAGUCGUCCGUGUCGAGCGUUUCCUCAGUGAAUCUGAGACAAGGCGGUUCGCCGGAUGCUCGUGGCAAACCACCUGUGCCUAAGAGCGACGUCGCGUCGGCGUCCAAGGGCAUCGUGCAGCCCAAGUACGUGAACAAAGACUUCCGGAAGUCGACGUUGAACAUGGAGAACGGGGACCCCUCGCAGUCCAAGUACAGCAGAAAGAAGAAGAACGAGCGUAGCAUGUCCGUCAGCUCUCAAGAUUCGCAAUCCGAACCGAACUACGAAUCGAACAUCCAUCGACCGGCCGUUCCUUCGGAAUCCAGCUCAGCCUCUACGAAAUCGAACAGGUCGAGGCUGAGGGUACCGUCGUCCUCGCCCUCCAAGAGUAUAAUAAAUAGGAAAAGCGAGACGAGCAGCCUCGCUUCGAGCGUGACCGAGAAAUCGAGGAGUGGCUCGAAAUCGCCGUCGAGGAAGAGGAGCAAGCAAGACGGGAGCUCGAGUUCGAGCGCGAACAGCGAGGAUUCCUCGAAUUCGUCGAGCAGCGAGGAGGAGGAGGAGGAGGAGGAGAAGGAGGAGGAGGAGGACGAUAAACAGUCGAGACCUGGAUCGAGGCCGCGCAAGAGGAGAACGUCCAAGUCCCCUUUCUGCGAGAAGAAAGGGAAGAUGAGCGCUGGAUCGUCGAGGACGAGCGUGUUGGCCUCGUCCACCGACGAGAUGUCGUUGACGACGGAUAAACCGCCGAGACCACCGUCCAGCCCGAGAUCGAGGAGCGAUCGUUCGGGGAAAACCGAGGAGGCUAAGUCGUUUCUGAUGAGGGCCCUCGCCCCGGUCACGAAUCUUUUCAAGAAUAAGCACCAGGAUUCCAGCGAGUCGGGUAAAUCGGGCGGUUGGCUAGAUUCGAACGAGGAAAACGCGGACGUGAAAAGGUCGGAGCAGAACGGAGGGACGACAACGGCGCCUCUGUCGAGAAGUCUGUCGAAAAGUUUGAGUUUCACGAACUCGGAGAGGAACGAGGACAGGAGACAGUCGAGUCAAGCUAGGAUCAGACGAAAUUUUUCCGGGGAACAGCCUUGGUGGAUGGAUCCGAACUCCGAAAACGUUCCUGAAGGUGUCGAAACGGGAAGCGCGUGCAAUGACGAUAUUAGUCAAGAAACGACCGUCAGUAGCACCUUACCUGACGAUGGGAAAUUUAAAUACAAAGUGUGGAGACAAGAAUCGGAGGAACGAGCGUGGUGGUUAGACUCGAACGACAGCGGGGCAUCCGAGGACGCGAGGAAGCAGUCGGCGACGAUUUCGAGACAAGAAUCUGGGGAGAGGGGUUGGUGGUUAGAUUCGAACGAUAGCGCCCCCUCGGAGGAAACGAAGAGACAAUCGUCCUCGGCAGUUUCGAGGCAAGAUUCGGAGGACAGGACUCGUUGGUUGGACGGAAAUGACAGUGCUUUCUCGGAGGAGGUGAGAAAACCGUCGCGUACGGCGGUGUGGAGGCAAGAUUCGGAGGAAAGGGCGUGGUGGUUGAGCUCGAGCGACGCCCCGCCGUCCGACGAGUCGAAGAAACAAUCGUCGUCCGUGAUAUCCAUUUCGAAACGAGAGUCGAGCCGUUGCUCGAGCGCUCGAUCGAACGAGCGAAGAAAUCGAUUGAGGCAUCAACAGUCUGGAGAGCAAGCGUGGUGGAUGACCGACAAUCCUGAGAACGUACCCGAAGGAGUCGAAGUCAUUCCUACCACCCCUACGUCGAACGGUAACGCUUACAACGACGAGGUGGACGACAGCCAGCCGUACGGCAGAUGUACGAACAAGGUCAGGCACAUUGAGUCGGGUGAGAAACCAUGGUGGAUGGACAGCACGUCCAACGUUCCUGACGGUGUAGUCAAGAUUUCUGUGGAAACGUCGAACAGCACCUCGGACUCGUCCGAAUCGUUCGAGAGAAUCGAUAUCGGUGUUAACCCUGAACCUGAGAUAUAUAAGAGAAGCCUCUCUAGAUUCCCUAUCGAGUUUCCGCCACCUCCGGCUGACGAGCCACUCGGGGAUCGUGCCAGUCCCGAAGGGGUGGAAAAUCCUCCCGAUCCGCCGGACAAUUAUGGCGGACGUGACUCGCCUUACGACAACGUGCAACCAACAUCCAGAAGAUCAUCGCCGAAGAAACGCCCUUCCACGUUACCGUUGUUCAUCGGUCAGCACACCAAUAUCGACGAUCUGUUGGGAGACACGGCCACCUUGUGCCCAAGCCCGGUCCUGUCUCGUAUCCGUAAACGCGAACGCAUAGGGGAGGAUUCGGGAGAAGAAAGUUCAGAAUGCGAAGAGAUCGACGCCACCCAAGUGAUCAUCCAUGACAGCACUCCGCAGACACCUGUGAUACAACGACGACAUCGGGACAAAAACGAGAGACCUCAACCAGACGGCUACAUUCCGCUUGAUGAUACGGCGCUCCAGCUCUACAAAGAUGGCGACUAUGGUGCCUAUUUGGACCUCGAAGCUUCCAUCAGUGAGCAACAAGAAGAAUUCGAAGGCUUCCAAACCAACCGAAAGAACUCGAUCGUUCUCAGGACACAGCUGUCCGUGAGGGUGCACACCAUCAUAGAAAAAUUGCUGAACAGCGAGGGCCGCGAGCUGCGACGAGCUCUCUUCUCCCUCAAGCAGAUCUUUCAGGAGGACAAGGACCUGGUGCACGAGUUCGUGCAAAAUGAUGGGCUUGCUUGCCUCAUCAAGGUUGGAAGCGAGGCUGACCAGAAUUACCAAAAUUAUAUACUACGAGCCCUUGGCCAGGUGAUGCUCUAUGUGGACGGUAUGAAUGGGGUGAUGGAACACGGUCAGACGGUCCAGUGGUUAUACACGUUAAUAGCGAGCCGCUUCCGAUUGGUGGUGAAGACCGCGCUCAAGCUUCUGCUUGUGUUCGUCGAAUACGUCGAGACGAACAGUCUGUUGCUGGUCAGAGCCGUUAGAUCGGUCGAUACGUCCAGAGGCAUGAUACCAUGGACGAACGUGAUGAAGCUGUUGAAGGAUUACGACGCGGCCGACACGGAAUUGCUGAUAUACGCGACGACGUUGGUCAACAAGUGUCUGAACGGUAUACCGGAUCAGGACACUUAUUACGAUCAGGUCGACUGUUUGGAGGAGCAAGGGAUAGAGGGCAUCAUCCAGAGGUACAUGUCGAAGCAAGGAACCGAUCUUGAUCUACUAAGGCAAUUUCAGAUCUACGAGGCGGUGCUGCAUCACGAGGAUGGGAACGAUAGAGGUUCGCCUAUUCGCCAGCUGGAUGAUAAUAUCAGGAAGACGCUGCGAAACCGGAAGUCCCUGGUGGAUUCGCACGAACGGCGAAAAUCCCGGCGGCACUCGACGGGCACGUCCCCAUUGUCGAUGUCCUUGAACGCGCGACUAAGUCCACGGCUCAACCACUCGUUGGGUCUAAGCUCUCUGAACAACACGCUAAACUCGAGUUUGCCCGACGACGACGACGAGUCGAGCAGCUCUCAAAGUUCGCAGGGUCAUCUAGGCGAGGUUCAACUGAAUGGCAGCUACAAGGAGAACAAAGUGGACGUUGGCGUGACACCGGCGUUGAGACGUCGAAGGGAACGAGCCGAGAGGCAGAGGAGCUUUAUCAGGGAGCAGCAGGAAGCCACGGCGAACAUGCGAGCAUCCGUGGUGCCCUCGGACGAUCAGGAAAGUCCCUACGCGACGAACGGGCUGCGUUACACGAACGGCACGUCGUACGAAAGAAAUGCGGACUCGCCGUCGAAUAAGUUGUCCAGGACGAACAGCAGGAAGGAUUUGACGCCUCUGAUGAACGCCGCGAACAAGCUCGACUCCGAGGAGAAGAAGCCUUGGUACGGGAAGAGCCCGGACGAGGGUGUCGAGUGCGACGAGGGUAAUCACACCGACGAGGACGAGGAUCGUCGAGUGGUUCUACAAUUGAAGAGGGAAGGGACCGUGAAGGAUCUCACGCAAAAGUUGGCCGCUCAAAAUCUUAUACCGAGCAGCCCCGUCGAGGAGAAGGUUUCCAGGAUAGGGGACAUGAGCGGACUGAUCUCGAAGGCGAAGGAGGGUCUCGCCAAGUCCAAGUCGAAGGCGGACGUGUUGAAGUCACCGACCGGGGACAAUCUGCCCGCGAAACCUCAAGAAGCGAAGAAAUCCGAGAACGAGUUGCACUGGGAGGAGCUGGUUAAGAAACUGAAACGGCCUCUCGAGCUCUGCGACCUCGACUUCACCGAUCUGAAUUCGGACGACGAGGUCGACGUCCUUGGCCCCGUGAACGUGACCAACGGGGUGCCUCCACCCCCACCGCCCAUGGUGCCGACCCCAGGCGGCGCGCGGGCACCACCCCCGCCCCCCUUGGGGGCGAGACUACCGCCGCCCGUGCCCCAAGCGCCUCCACCGUUGUUCGGCGUGAAUCUCAAGUCGCCAAGGUCGCCGACCGCGACCGAUAAUACGCCGAAGAGCCCGCCACCGGCGUUCACGAAGAAGAGCAAGAAGACGGUGAAGCUGUUCUGGAAGGAGGUGAGGGAUGACCCGAUCAUAUUGUCCAGGCUCGACAAGAACAAGAUGAUAUGGGACGAAUUGUCGCCUGUACCUGUCGACACGCAGAAGCUCGAGCACCUGUUCGAGAGCCGCGCCAAGGAUCUCAUCACGAAGGAGAAACAACAAGAGAUGAACAAGAACAAGGAGAUCAUCGUGCUGGACCAUAAACGAUCGAAUGCUAUCAACAUCGGGAUGACCAAGUUACCUCCACCGAGGUCGAUUAAGACAGCUAUUUUGAAAAUGGACGCUACGAUUAUGAACAGGGAGGGUAUCGAGAAACUAUUGACGAUGCUGCCAACCGAGGAGGAGAGGUCUAGGAUACAAGAGGCGCAGGCCGCCAAUCCUGACCUACCUUUGGGAUCGGCCGAGCAGUUCCUUCUAACUUUGGCCUCCAUCUCGGAGUUGCCCGCCAGGCUGAAACUUUGGGCGUUUAAACUGGACUUUGAGAAUUCGGAAAAGGAAAUUGCGGACCCUUUGAUGGAUCUGAAGCAGGGAAUGGAGACCCUGCGAGUGAAUAAAACGUUCCGCGGGAUUCUGAGCACGCUCCUUUCGAUCGGGAUAUUCCUCAACGGAAAUGAGGUGAAGGGCUUUCAGCUGGAAUACCUCGCCAAAGUACCUGAAGUGAAGGAUACGGUUCACAAGCACUCGUUGCUUCAUCACCUUUGCCACAUGGUGAUGGAGAAGUUUCCGGAUUCCACGGAUCUCUAUUCCGAGAUUGGAGCAGUGACAAGAGCUUCGAAAAUCGACUUCGACGAGCUUGCAGCGAACAUUGGGAAGUUGGAGAGCGAGUGCAAGGCAUCGUGGGAUCAUCUGAAGCUCAUCGCGAAGCACGAUGGCUCCACGAUGAUGAAAGUCAACAGAAUGUCAGACUUCCUGGCCGACUGCGCGGAGAGGAUAAUCGUGCUGGGUAUAGUGCACAGGCGGAUCAUAAAUCGAUUCCACAAAUUCAUCCUCUGGCUGGGCAUCCCGUUGCACAGGGUGCAGGACACGAAGCCGAACGAGUUUUGCCGUAUCGUGUCCGAGUUCGCGCUCGAGUACAGAACCACCAGGGAGAGGGUGAUACAGCAGCUCGAGAAAAAAGCCAAUCACCGUGAAAGAAAUAAGACCAGGGGAAAGAUGAUCACAGAGGUUGGCAAAUUCAGGACGAAAGAGGAUCGCGCGGACGCGGAACUCAGACAAUUGCUUGGAAGCGAUAUCUCCGAUGUCGAGAGUAUUCACGGCACCCUUCCGUGGAGAAGACAGAGGAAAGAUGGUCGUACUUCAUUGGGCCCACUGCUCCGUGACGAGAACACAAAUGGAAAUCUGACUGACGGCGAUGAUGAGUUGCUGGAAUCCCUGGUGAAGACGGCGACGAAAACGCCUGCAACGAGGACAACGCCAAGGGAACGCAAGAGGACCAGACACGCCGAUCUGAAGCGGUCGCGCACCAGGGAGAACAACACCACGCCGGAAGGGUACCAACCCUGAAGGACUACCAAUCGUGACCGACGCGAUGAAGUGCGUAGAACGCUGAAGAACGGCCUCUCGGAAGAGGAGAAGAAGCACAUCGCCACUUACAUCAAGGGCUACUGACUGUGAUAAAACUCGAACCCUGUAGCUCGUCCACGAGAAGGAAGGAGAGGAAUAAUAAGCACGAAUCAUCGAAUCAUCGAUCGGAUGUUGAUCACACGGCCAGGGCAUCGCGAUUUUACGGAGGCCAACGAACACGACCAAUUCAGAGAGGAAGCACACCUUGCAGAGAGUGAAUCGCGUACACCAAGGUUAUACGUUUAAAGAAUUAGAUACUACGUAUACAUAUAUAGAUAUAUAUAUACAUAUACACACACGCAUAUACAUAUAUUUCGAUCGAACUUUCUGUACGCUGGCAGAAAGCAGUUGUUUCUAUCGAAACUUGGAGGCCUUCUAUUUUUCGACGUUAUCAUAUCGAUAUCCCUGUCGUUCGUAUUUUUCUCACCUCGUGGAAGAGUCUAACAUAAUAUAUGGCUUAAUACUUCUGAAUCUUUGAUUAGAUGAUUAUUAUAAAUCUAAAACGAUUAUUCCGUGGAAGAUUAAGACAAGUCAAUGUAUAGUUAGUUUUAUAUUGUUUCUCUAUUCAUAAGAAACGAUAUUUUCAUCUCUAAAAAUUGUUUGAAACGGAACAUAAAUAAUGAGAAUAUAAGUAUAUGUGAAAUUAAAUUAUAUUUGAUAAAAUAAAAAUAGUAAUGAAUUUGCAGAAAUGAAUAUAUUGACAUUAAUAUAAACGGCCUAAAAUAGCUUUUGAGAAUAUAGAUAGAAUAGAUCCAGAUACUUUUGGGAGUUGUAUUAUAAAUUAUUUUCUAAUUAAUUUGGUCAGAUUUUAUACGAUUUUAUAGAUAUUUGAUCAAACAUCAACAAUAUAACAAAUAAGAUGAGAAAGUUUACUAUUUACUGACAAAUUAGAAUUGUUAUAAAACAUAUAUUAUAUAGAUUAAAUAGAUAUAUCUAAUGCAUAAAUCUUAUGGAAAGUUCGUAAAGAUAUUUUUAAUAUUUGAAAAUAAAAUUGGGAGAAUCUUUUCAACGAAUUCCUUUUCAUAAAGAAUUAAAUAAUUUUCAUAACGAUUUUAUCGAUUCUAUAUAAAUCGAGAUUGACCUCUUACCUUUCGAUUUAAUUUUUAAUUAUAAUUAUUGUGAUAUAAUGAACAACGAAGUCUCUUAUCACAAACGAUCAUUGGAGUACUUCAAACUCAUAUAUGGAAUCACGAAUUGAAUUCGUGUUUAAUUUUGAUCUAUAAUAUAUAUGUAAUGAAUUAUAUGAUAUGAUUUUUACGUGAUGAUAUAUAGUGAAAAAUGACUUAUAUUAUUCACGUUUGAUCUAUAUAUCUGAAUUUAAUGUGAUAAUGAGGCAAGGGUUAAUAUAUAUAAAUAAAUAUUCAAAGAAUUUGUAUUUUGCUCAUUUAUAUUUACCUCCAACAAUUUUAUAAUUAUAAAAUUUGAGCUUAUAAAAAUAAUCUUCGCUAAUUUUAAGAUUUUAAGA